GUGGUGAGUACUCGCUCUCACAAAAUAUCUCUGAGUGUGUUUGCAGGAGAGGGAGUGGCAGCUGCACCUCAUCAGCUUAGAGGCUCAACUACUUAAGGAGAUGGUGAACACAGCUCGACACUGGAUGCAACUCGGCUCUCUGCUCAUCUGGAAUAGCUUACUCAACCUCCAUAGGACUCCUGGACUCCGCAUUCAGCCAUGUUCAUCCUCCUCCUCCCAGAACGACCCGCUCUCAUCCUCAACCCUGCAUUCCCUCUCCAUCCCAGAACAACUCCAAUCUGGAUCACCCUGACUCUCAACCUCCCCUCAUUCCCCAAACCAAAUCAUCUCCCAUAAGUCUCCUCUCAGUAUUCCUGCCUCGGCCGUUUAUCUCCUGGACUCACCUCGCGUCAGUUUUACGCUGCAUUGGGAUCUGCAGUCAGAAAAGGUAAAAAACCCUUUUUGCACACAAGUGACGAAAAAGGGCACUUUUGGCGUCAAGGGUCUGACAUGGAGGGUGGCUGACCAAGCGUUUGUUUUUGACACGCUGGAAGUUACAAUGUGUUAUCUUAAGGCGUUAGAAAGUGUUUUGUUUCUUCUCUUGAUAUGACGGAAGGAAAUUGUCCAUUUUGGGAUUAAAUCACAGAGCGAAAGCCGCCGAGAGCGAGCAUACUUGCGUGAUGGAUGGCCGUUUGUUCUCUAUGAGCGCUGCGCUCCUCCUCCCUGCGUAAUUAUGCCGGCUCUUUAAAAACCCUGAUUGUGUCCAGCUGCGCGAGAGCGUUUACCUGGUGUCCUGACAGACAGGUGGGGCAGCGUGUCUGAGCUGUACACUGGGUGCAUGGAGGAUUAUUUUUACGGAUAAGGGAUCCUUUUAAAUUUUAUACAAUUGUUUGGAAAGGCUGGGGCUUUAUGGUGCAUGUGUGUGUGUGUGUGUGUGUGUGUGUGUGUGUGUGUGUGUGUGUGUGUGUGUGUGUGCGUGCAUGGAAAUGCGCUGUAGGAUCAGCGGUGUGGAUGUGCCGUUGUCUGUGAGCCCUUCCCAUGAAACAUAACAGGUUUAUGUUUAUUCGUUUAGCAGAUGCUUUUAUCCAAAGCGACUUACAAUUUAUAACCUAUAGGGCAUGUUGUGAUCUGAGGGGGAAACCGGAGAACCCGGAGGAAUCCCACGCAUGCAUGGGGAGAACACGCAACUCCCUGCAGAAAGGCCGCAGCCGAGGUUCGAACCUGCAACCUUCGUGCUGCGAGGCAACAGUGCUAACAACUGCGCCACCAUGCAGCCCCAACAUUGAAAAGGAAGGAAAUCGGCAGUUUAAUAAUUUCCUUCCUUUUAACAGAAAGCGCUGGCACUGCUGUUUUUGUUCAGUUGAUUAUUUUGUUAUACUUAUUUUUCCUUUUAUGAAACUCCUAAUGUUUUCAUUGUGAGUCAAUUUUAGAAAGGGGGUCUGGUUGACUGUGGAGGGCCGCAUACGUGAGAGGGCUCAGCCGUGUUACCAGUUGGUGUGGAUAAUAGUACAUGUUUUUAUUCUUUUUCUUGUUUGCAUGAUGAUUGCCGUGCGUAUUAAGUAAAUGCAUGUUACACAGCCCUGGUUGUUUUGCCUCCCUCCUCCAGCAGAAGGUGUCAAUAGUCCCCUCUGGAGUUUUUAACUGUCUUGUUCCUUUUUUUAAAUAGAAGAACUUGUUUUAUGCAUUGUGUGUAAAUAAACUCAAGUUUGGAGGAAGACAUUGUCUCAGCCCAUUGUCUGAUCUAGCGUGAUCACUCUCCGUACCUAAAAUAAUAACAGUCGUGGGGCUCUAGGUUCACACUUGUACCAAAUUAAUAUGUAAUCAAUUUGCUUUCUUUCAGUGAAUUUCUACUUUGUGCAAGUGUGAACCAUGUGCACGAACACAUUCAGUUGGAAUGGCAUCCUUUGACUUGCAUGUGUUUGUGGCGGCUCCUUCACCCUGACUGCUGGAGAGUUGCCGCAAAGCUGAUCUGCAGCAGGUUGCCACCCACUUCAGUUUACUCCUGCCUAAGCAGCUAACCAAGGGUGCACUUUGUCAGCUCAUCACGGAUUACACAGGACCAAGAAAAUCCAUCCUCCGCCUUCCACUCCAGGUGCAUCUCCGCCACCCUCCGGCGAUGAAGAGGACUGGCUUGAUGAAAGAAAAGAGACCCUCGCCACAGCUCCGCCUUCUCUGGGAAAGGACUCUGCUGGUGGCCCUCCGUCUGAUGUAGCUUCGUCGGGAACUAGCCCUCCUCGUUCCCCACUAUCAAGAGCUCGUCUGCAGCUACAGUUAGCACAUCUUAAGAACAAAGCCGAAGAAAAGACUCACGAGCGAAAUCUCCGGUAUGAGAUUGAAAUGAAGCGUAUGGACACGGAGAUUCGCCUCCGUGAACUCGAACUACAGAUGAGGACUCUGGACACUGCCGCGUCCUCGAGCCAUACGACUGCCGGCCGUUCUCCAGUCUCGUCUUUGCCUUCCCGUGCCCUGCACCGAGACGCCUCACCAUCUCCUCCAGGUGCCUCGUCGUUACCGCCUGGCUUCGACGUCAGCAAGUGUGUCUCCCUCCUUCGACCGUUUAGAGAAACUGAAGUGGAUGGGUUUUUCCUUGCUUUCGAGCAGAUUGCGGUGACUCUGCAGUGGCCUCGUGAAGUGUGGUCAUUGCUUCUGCAGUGCAAGCUCUCAGGUAAGGCCCUUCAGGUUAUUUCGGCUCUGUCUCUAACGGACAGCGCUAGUUAUGAGUGUGUGAAAGCGGCUGUUUUAAACGCAUAUGAACUCGUUCCUGAGGCUUAUUGUCAGCGGUUCCAGUUAGAUAAACCUAGGCCUAAUCAGUCCUAUGUAGAAUAUGCUCACCUUAAAUCUGCUCUCUUUGAGAAAUGGUGUUCAGCUUCGGGAGUAAACUCCUUGGCUGACCUAAAAGAAUUGAUUUUGGUGGAAGAAUUUAAACGACAUGUGCCUGAGAGGCUUGCUUUAUAUUUGACUGAGCAAAAAGUCUCCUCUCUUUCUUCUGCCGCCCUGUUAGCGGAUGAGUUCUCCUUGACUCAUCGGUUCAGAGAGUCUAAACCUGACUCUAUCCAAGUGGUGAGACCAUCUGUUAAUCUGCCUGGCCCAGAGAUCUCGCCAGUUCUUUUAUUGUCAUAAAUGAGGACAUUUCAUCCGAGACU